AUGACUUGCCUUAGUUCUACUACUCAUCACCAUCACUUUUCGCUGAUUGCGCUCCAGGCUCAAGCUGGACAAUAUAAUGGAAUGAUUAAGGCACCUCGUGUCUUUCAUCACGCCCCUCGGCCUAUUUCCUCCACCGAGUUCAAAGAUGCCGUCGACGCAGUAUGCCGUCCCCGGUUUCCAACCGCCCGCUUUGCCAGACCACAGCGGAUAAUACUGGCUGUUAGCGGAGGCGUGGACUCAAUGGCUCUCGCCUUCCUCGUGUCCAAAUUCAUCCGCAUGUUCAGAGGCUCCAAAGUCGCAGACAAUCCCGUUCACGGUGCCAUGGCUGUUGUCGUUGACCACAAACUUCGUGAUGGAAGUGAUUUAGAAGCUGCAGGAGUCGUCAAAGAACUGCGCAAGCUCGAUAUAAAAGCCAAUGUUGCGCCCCUGGCUUGGAAGGACGAAAGGUACAACGGCCUCGAUCCUCGUAAACUCCCUAAUGUUGAGGGUCUGGCGCGCACCUACCGAUAUCGCACACUCGGUCGUAUCUGCGAAUUUAUGGGGGCCGAUAGUCUUUUCUUUGCCCACCAUCGAGACGACCAAUACGAGACAGUGUUAAUGCGAUUGCUUGGCGGCCAUGGAUAUCGAGGUCUCCAGGGUAUAAGGGAGGCAAACUCAAUACCCGAAUGCUACGACUUGCACGGUGUUUACAAGAGCGGUCUUCUAGACGACCAGCUCAAAGCGAAUCCGGCACUCAGUUUUCGACCUCCUUCGCGCGAGAUGAAGCGAUUGAGGAGGAAUUUCCGCCGCGAGUUAGCUCUCGAAACAUCCCCCCUUCUGGAAGAUUUCCCAGACCUGGUUGAUUCAUACCCGACAUCGCACAAGGCCGAAGAGACAUUCGAUGAUGUCCCCUACCUUAAACCAUUGGAGGUUGAAGACGGUGGCGUUAUGAUAUAUCGGCCUCUUCUCGAAUUCGACAAGGAUAGACUUAUCGCUACGUGCGAGGCAAAUGGGAUCUCUUGGGUAGAAGACGAGACUAACAAGGAUCCAACAUUGACAACGCGGAAUGCUAUCAGAUACAUGGUCCGAAACCACGAGCUGCCCAAGGCUUUGCAGAAGCCUGCUAUUCUGUCUUUGGCCGAGAGGUGCAAACAGAGAACCAACGCGGAGGAAGCCGAGGCAAAACGUUACCUCGUUCGGGAAGCUGUCGUUAAAGACUUUGAUCCAAAUGCAGGAACCUUGUUAAUCCAGUUUCCAACACCUCGCCCGUCUAAUAGACGACGCAGGGGGCGCUUAUCCGAAAAAGAGAACAGGCUGCGCAAAGAGCACCAAAGGAUCAUCAUGAACAUCGCAAUUCGGAAGCUGAUUGAUUUUGUCACCCCUGAGUACCAUUUGCCACCUCUUGCGAAUCUCGAAAACGUCGUCAACAACCUCGUUCCCGGUAUGGCGCCCAAAAACAACUCGACCCCAAAAGCAUUCAAUACAGCUGGUGUAUAUUUCGAUCCGAUUGUGAAGGGAGGGUCCGUCAAAUGGUUUCUCUCCAGAACGCCCUACACGUCAACUCAGGCUCUUCCUUCCGCAAAGCUUUACUGGCCAAGAGUGAAAAUCCCUUCAGCUCCCGACUUCUACAACGAAGAACCGACCGAAAGUACCCCUAUAUUUCGACAUAACGGGUGGCCAAGGUCAAGGAUGUUCGAUGGUCGUUUCUGGAUUCGCCUUGGGCCCAAUAGGCGGCCCAUGUGGCAGAUCUCACCUUACCGCGCGGAACACGCCAAAGCAUUCCGCAAAGCUCUGUCGCCGACUGGAAAAGCUCGGCUUGAAAAAUUGCUCAAGCAUUAUGCGCCUGGCAAGAUCCGUUACGCACUUCCAGCAAUCUAUAUUGUUGAAAAGCAGCAAGACCCGUACUCAACUCAUAUGACCACACAAUUGACACUAGUCGCACUCCCGACACUGGGAAUACACAUACCUGGUCUUGAGAGAUGGGUCAAAUACGAUGUAAGAUAUAAGAAAGUUGAUGUCACGCUAUUAGGACAUCAGCCUCGAAGGGAGAAGGAAAGGAAUCUGGUCAAGUAUCGACCGCUAUUCGGACCCGCGCAUAAGAAAAGGCUGCGCCUGAUGGGCAAGUUUGGACCGCAGUGA